GGCUAAUCUAGUACUAGUGCAUAUUAGAUAGCUAUGUUGCUUACUCGUAAGUAUAAGCAAUAUUAUUUAACUAAAUAAAGAUAACUUUGUAGCUACAAUGGCGUCAGAAAUGGCGUCUGGAAUGGCGAAGGAAUUUUGAAACUAUGUUGACUAAUAAAAUAAAAACAUACUCCUCAAUAUACUCAACAAUAAAAAACAAUAGGUAAGCACGUAAAUGACUAAAAACUAACGUCAUCCUUUGAGUAACUUUUCAGCCGACCGCAAAUGUUUACUGUACUUCCUCAAAAAAAUGCUGAUGUCAAAUUAAACUCCAAUGUAGCUACAAUGUGUCCUUUAUGUAUCUCUAUCACCUAUAAAGAGGUAUAAAGUACUUUAGUAUAGAAUGACCGGUCACGAAGUCGACAGCCUUGUUCGCCACAUAAUUCAAACGUAAUUUUGAAUUUCCAAAAAUGUGUUUAAUAAAAUACCUUAUAAAAUAUGUAAAUAAAAAUUUUUCUCUCGUAAAUUAUCUUUAAAUGUUGUAAAUUCACAUAAAAUUUAUUUGAAAUUCGAAUGUUGUUUUAUUCGAUUUGUGUGUGUUUCUGUUUAUUAUUAUUAUAGUAAAAUAAGUUUUUUAAAUAAGUAUUGUGAAAAAUGUUGGAAAUCACUGCAAGUCCUACGGUGCGGCAAUAUGUCGCGGUAAUUAUUGUGAACCUAAGCGUGCUGUGUCUGGGCAUGGGCAUAGCCUGGCCGUCUCCAGUGCUGGUGAAGCUGAGGAAUGAGACGCAGUCAGUCCUGCCGCGCCCCAUCACUGAUGAGGAGGGGUCCUGGGUGGUUUCUAUAGGGUCACUCUCUUCUCUGAUCGUUGGCUUCCUCUCUGCAUUGAUCGUGGACCGUGUCGGUAGGAAGUACUCUGUAAUCCUGGUUUGUCUGCCAAGAUUGUUCGUCUGUCUGCUAUACGUCUUCAGCUCAAGGGUCUGGAUGUUGAUGAUCGGCAGACUCAUCAGUGGAGCCUGUGACGUUCUGACCUUUACAGUCGUACCUAUGUAUGCUUCGGAAAUUGCUAGUAAAGAAUUCCGAGGGUCUCUCGGCACGAUCCUGCAAAUCUUCUCAUCGCUGGGUAUCCUCAUCAUGCUGUCGAUAGGCCCCUUCAUAUCAUUCCUGGCGCUGAACAUCGUAUUCACCAGUGCAACUGCCAUUGCUACUAUCCCGGUAUUCUUCUUACCUGAUAGUCCUUACUUCUUAUAUUCUAAAGGUCGUACAGAAGAAGCGCUUAAGGUUCUGACCUACUUCCGGGGCUCUGAGGAAUUGGCUAAAGAGGAGAUCAAGGAAUAUUCAUCAUCAGCUCCUGAAGAACAAAUCAGCAAACGAGAACUGUUCACGAAUAAACUAUUCUUGAAAACCGUUGGAAUUGUCAUUGUUCUGAUGAUUGGUGGCCAAUUAGUAGGUUUUAACGCCGUAUCAUUUUACCUCCAAACGGUUCUCGAGUCAACGAAGACCAGCGUGAGGCCAGAAGUAGCAUCUGUGAUUAUUGGCUUCAUCCAGCUGAUAGCCAGUUUCUGUACAGCUUCUAUCACCGACCGAUUUGGACGGAAGCCAAUACUGACUACUACCUUGAUUGGCAUGUCUUUGGGGAUGAUUGGCUUAGGAGCAUUCUUCCAAGUUCGCUCCAGCACCGGCACUGUUAGUGGCAUCAUGAAUUAUGUCCCCAUCGUGUCUCUGAUCAUCGUCGUCUUUACCUUUAGUGCAGGCCCCGGCUCAUUAUUCUGGGUCAUGAUGGCUGAACUCUUCGAAGGUCCAGCGAGAGCUGUUGGCGUCUCCUCCGGCCUCAUCUCUGGCGUCCUCUUCAUCUUCCUCACGACGAAAUUCUUCCCCAUGGUGACGUCAUCCAUUGGACCAGCCAUCACUUACUGGGUGUUUGGGGUUAAUUGUAUUCUUCUCUGUCUGUUUAUUCUGUUCUGUGUCCCAGAAACAAAGGGGAAGAGUUUCUUGGAGAUCCAAGUGGCUUUGGGGAAGAAGGUUGAUGAUGUAGCGUUGCAGAAAGUUUCGGAGGAGAAGAGUUAGCUGGUGGACUUGGGGAGCAAGGUCAGAAGCCUGAAGACUACUUAUACCUGGUGUUGGAUCCCCAAGAUGGAUGAGAUGUAUCGUAUGGUGACAAGUAGUGAUAAGCAGAUAUGAUUGAUUCAUACGAAUGGGCAAUUAUUCGAAUCAUUCGAACUAUAAAAAUGCAUUCGAAUAAAACAGCUUUCCAAUGGUUUUAGGCUGUUUAUACUUUUUUAACUUCACAUCACUUUCAAAUAUAUACGUAAGUAAAUAGGUAACUUAUUGUGAUCAAAUACCCACGUAAAAAUUAUAUUAGUAAUAUAAAUGUGUUUUUUAAAUAAUAAAACAAAAAUAAAGGGAUUAA